CCCGUCGUCGCUGCUGUCGCUCUCGCUCUCGGCGGCCAUCUGCAGCUUAUUUCCGCGUCUGCCCUUGUCUUUUUCAUUUGCCUUGCCCUUGCCCUUGGAGGGAGCCAGGUGGAGCUUCUCUGCAAUCUCCUUUUGCUUCUUGAUCGUCUUCAGCCGGCGGUCGCUCGCCAUCUUGCUCACUUCGGCACCCGUGGGCAGCUCCUCGUCGUCUCCUCCCGCUUCGUCCACCUCGACGACGUCGGACACGGGCGACGACGAGGACCGCUGCCGGCGUGCUGCGACAACGCCCUCGUCGUCCCGCUCGUCGUCGUCGCCUGCGCCGCUGCGUUGCCGCGCGCGUGCUGCCAUGGCGAGGAUGCGCUGCUGGCGCUUCUGCUGCUGUUGUUGCUGUUGCGCCUUCAGUCCGCUGAUGCCCUCGUCGCUCUGGCCGGCCUCGCCAUCGCCAUCGUCGGAUGACUCGGAAUCGUGCUCCUGUCCCGGCAGGGCAAAAAUGGCCCUUGCGCCCCGGGGCCGGCUCACCUUGGCUGCCUUGUCGCUCCCGAGCGGACCGAACGCGCCCUUCUGCGGGCUUGGCGAGUGCCUCGAGGCUUCUUCUCCUUCUCCCUCUUCUUCUUCUGAUGAGCCCUCGUCUUCGGCUACUGCUGCUGGAGCCUGCUGUCCCCUGCCGCGCAUACGUGCUGCGAUGCCGCCGCCGAGAACAGUCCUGUCGCCUUCUUCUCUGCAGUGGCGCCAGAAACAGCAGCAGCACCAACACGUCCGGCUCGGAAGCGCGCAAGGAACGCCAUCUUGUCCUCGGGCGCCUCCUCCUCCUCCUGCGCAGAGGCCGAACGCGACCUCGAGUAGGAGCGCAUCGUCGUGGCGCCGUGCUUGUGUGCGUGCGACGGCGAAGAGUACGGCGUCGUUUGGGGCGAUGACGACGAUGACGACGAUGAGCCGUUCAGGCUGCCGCGGUUGCGCACGGGCGAAGACGAGUCGAGCGCAGAGACGCCGAACGAGCGCCCGAGCAGUGGUGGCGGGAGCGGCGACGAGGACGACAGGCCUGUGUCCAUCUUUUGGCUUUCCUCUCUUCUACAGCCCGCGGCCCAUGUUCUUCUGCUUCUUUUGGUUCUCUUUCCUUUGUCUACUCCUCCUUGGUAGUCACUCGUCAGUGAGGCAAGCCGUCGCGAAAGGUGUUCCUCUAUGCAGGCCUUCGCGUCGCGCUCGACUUCGCGCGGCUUAUUUUCUCAGAAUGGCGUCGCCUCACGUGGCUCGCUCCUCUGCUCCACUUGAUGACAAUUUCUCAUCACUGAUUCAGCCAAAUACUAAAACCAUCUUUCAAACAAAGAGAGGACGGAAGAAGCGACGGAUCGUCACUUCUCCAUGACAACGAAGCAGCCAUGUCGAUAGGCGAGGAGCACGACGGGGUCGAAGAGGAGGCGCUUCUGGCACUUUUUGCUGCGCGCCGACCUGCCGCCAGACAUUCUCUCUGAGGUCACC